AUGGCAAUGGAGAAAUCUAAAGAAGAUCCCGAAAUUGACUCCUCUCAAGCAAGCCCACAAAUCGACAGCGAGCCAAAACGCACUCCUAUCCAAGAUGUCGAAAAGCCCCCUGAUACCACUCCAAAGCCUCCUGCCAUUGACUAUCCUAGUGGCAUUAACCUGAUCAUUCUCUUUGUGGGCCUCUUUCUUGCUGCUCUCUGCGUUGGCCUCGAUCGCACCAUUGUUGCCACUGCCAUUCCAAAAAUUACCAGCCACUUUAACUCCCUUGAUGAUGUGGGAUGGUACGGCUCCGCAUACCUCCUGACCAAUUGCUGCUUCCAACUCCUCUUCGGUAAACUCUACGCCGAGUUCCAUGUCAAAUGGGUCUUUCUCACUUCACUGCUCAUAUUCGAGGUCGGGUCGAUUGUGUGCGCAACGGCACCAAGCUCAGUCGCUUUGAUCGUUGGAAGAGCUGUGGCGGGAAUAGGAGGUGCUGGAAUCGUUUCUGGAACGCUUAUUAUUCUCUCGAGAUGUCUACCACUCCACAAACGUCCCAAAUACACCGGCGCCAUGGGAGGUUCUGUAGGCAUCGCGCAAAUCACUUCGCCCACUCUCGGAGGUGUAUUCACUGACAAAGUCACUUGGAGAUGGUGCUUUUGGAUUAACCUCCCGCUGGGCGCCGUCACUCUUCUCACGGUACUCUUCCUCGUCAAGAUCCCCGCUGAUCCCAACCGGAAGACGAAAGGCACUUUCAAGGGGUUUCUCGACCGUUUCGACCUCAUUGGCACGUUGGUGCUUAUUCCCUGGGUCAUAUGUCUUCUUUUGGCCUUGCAGUGGGGUGGUAGCCAAUAUGCUUGGAAUUCCUGGAGAAUCAUCCUUCUUCUCGUCCUGUUUGCCAUUCUCUUCACCUCGUGGGUAUUUAUCCAGUACAAGGAAGGCAACAAGGCCACGCUUCCACUGCGCAUCAUCAAACAACGAUCUAUGGCUUCGGGGAUGAUGUUCAUGUUCUGCUUGUUCUCGACCUUUUUCGUCAUCAACUAUUACGUCCCCAUCUGGUUCCAAUCCGUAAAGGGUGUGUCGGCGUAUAAGUCGGGCAUCUACUUUCUCACAAUGAGUGCCGGUCUAUCCUUGGCAGUUAUAGCAUCAGGUUUCCUGACAACCCGGAUCAGCUAUUUUGUCCCCAACAUGAUCAUGUCAACGAUACUCUCCGCCGUGGGAGCUGGCCUCAUCUACUCGUUUGACCCCCAUACAAGUACAGGUCUUUGGGUUCCAUCGCUCAUCAUUAUGGGUGUCGGCAUCGGCAUCGGCGCUCAACAGCCUCUCAUGGUCGCCCAAACCGUCUUCAAAGGCCCUGACAUUGCUCUAUCUACCUCUGCCCUCAUUUUCACUCAGACUCUUGCAGGUACAAUCUUUCUUUCUGUCGCCGAGAACAUCUUCCAGAAUCAGCUCAUCUCUCAACUACACAAGCUGGUCCCAAAAAUCGACCCACGGGACAUCAUUGAGACCGGCGCCUCAAGUCUCCGACAAUUUCUCGAGGCCAAGUUUCCUCAAUAUUUAACUGCUGUCUUGACGGCUUACAACAACGCCAUUCGUCAUGUUUUUCUCUUGUCGGUUAUAUUUGCAUGUCUCAACGCCAUUCCCGACGCAUUUAUGGAGUGGGUUAGUCCAGUGAAGAGAGGGAAGCUAGCAGCAAAGACGGAUGCAACAAAUGCGAAGACGGCAGGAAAGGUUAAAGACGCUUCCCAGAACGCGGAAGACAAAGUAGAUAAACAUUCUUCUUAG